AUGAAUAUCAACAAGAAGCUCGACAGGGUCAAGCAAUGGGCCGGGGAGAAGAUGGGCGGAGAAGUCAAGACCAAUGUUUCCGACGAAUUCAAGUCUCUUGAAACAGAGAUGGAGCUUCGCCAUGAUGGCAUGGUCAGACUGCACAAAUCGAUGACUUCCUACGUCAAGUCGCUCUCGAAGCGCAACGAAGCCGAGGACAAAGAGAAAACGCUCCCUGUGGGAUAUAUGGGUCAGACCAUGAUAAAUCACGGCGAGGACUUUGAGCCGGACUCUGAAUUUGGAAAUUGCUUAAUCAGCAUGGGUAGAGCGAAUGAGAGAAUCGCGAGAAUCCAGGAGACCUAUGUGGUAAAUGCUACAAAUGGUUGGCUCGAGUCUCUAGAGCGAUCGUUGGCCAUGAUGAAGGAAUACCAGGCUGCGAGAAAGAAGCUCGAAAACCGACGAUUAGCAUACGAUGCAUCCCUCUCGAAAAUGCAAAAGGCCAAAAAAGAAGACUUCAGAGUUGAGGAGGAAUUGAGAUCCCAGAAGGCUAAAUAUGAGGAGUCCAGCGAAGAUGUGGUCCGGCGGAUGCAAGAUAUCAAGGAGGCAGAGGCAGAGAGUGUCUCUGACUUGGGAGCUUUCGUUGAUGCCGAGCUCGAAUACUAUGACAGAUGUCGUGACGAGCUUCUCCGUAUGAAGAGAGACUGGCCUGCAGGGCAAACUUCAUCUCCAGGGCGUGAUAACAGACGUCCAGCUCCGCGAUCUCGAGCCAACACAGCACAUGAUUAUGCAGAACGAUACUCAGCUUACGACGAACCUCCUGUGCCAGAGGAACCAGUCCGGCCAUCUAUCCGAUCUCAAGGCCGUGUAGCCUCUACCUCCAAGCUUAAUACGCAGAUGAACAGCCCAGAUGAAUAUACCGAGUAUGACUACCCAGCUCCUCGCUCACCACGCCGCCCUACUGCCACCAGAUCGUCUACAUUCCAAGGACCAACAUCAAUCUACCGCGAACUGACUCCCGUGUCUGACAGUCGUAAGCAUCAAGUUCCGCACGACGUUGGCAACCUGAGGGCCACGUUACGUCCCUCCAAUCGAGUAAACACUGGCGGCGAUUUGUUUGGUGAUCCAUCGGAUGACUCAACCAUGAACAGUGCCAGCCCUGAUAGAUCAUAUGGCGAACGGUCCGUAAGCCCUGCUACAUCGCACGGAAGUGUGGCUAGCCGCUCUGCAAGCUAUUCUGCUUUGAACAAUACUUCAAAUGGUCGCAAGGGGCCACCUCCACCUCCUCCAAGUCGUGCCAAGAAAGCUCCACCACCACCACCAAAGCGAGCUGAUAUGAGUUCAACUAGUGUUAACAAGUAUUACUAA